ACGGCGUCUCCCGGGUUGCUCAGCGAUGGGCGUGGUUACAUGGGUUCGUGUAUGUCUGCAUGCCCUGAUUGAUGGGCCGUUCGACAGCUUAUAGCAAGAUAUGAUUAGAAGGGCGCGAAGACACUACGAUCCACCUCGAACGGCGCGAGCGAAAUUUCGUCGGCAGGCACAGUAUCAUCGCUCCCCAUCCCAUCGCCGCAAUGGCGUCGCUCGACUCGGCACGAAUGAAGUCUACUCUGGCUCAGUUUUGCCUCUGAUCCCAAAGCGCCAGACGAGGAGGCAGCGGCAGAGCGAGGUCGUGCUCUCUAGUCGGGCAUUUGUAAACCCCGGCGGGCGGUACUAUUUUCCGAUGGCCCGGUAUAGGCUGUUUUUCCUUGACCAAGAUGCCAGUCUGCGAGCGCUGGAAGCCGAGGCACGCGAUGUGUCAUCUUGGCCGCGAUUUCGAACAGGGAAUAUCGGCGAGCUUAGGGCGUAUACAACGAGCGAGACGUACGGAAGGGGUGUUGUGAGGCGGUCGAGCAUGUGGAUGGCUAGAAUCGAGCUGUGUUGCACAUUGUGGUGAGAGGGUGCGAAGCGAGUGAAAUGGCAGGUCUUGAUCACUGGUCUUGCCGGAGGGCAAGACGUCUUUCGUGAAGGAAGGUCGUGGUUUAGCGUGCACUUCAUGCACAGAUUUAGUGGUCUCUGGUGGAAGGCCUGGCCCCUAGAGCAGUAAGGUGGUCGUCGAAGGCAGCACGUC